AUGACAACAGGACGUUUUGGAAUUGAGCACUCGUCGGCCCAGCGGGACGUUUUGGACUAUGCGUUACCUGCCGCUGCUGUUGUCAUGACGCUCGCAGCUCCAUUCAUUACGUUUGCAGCUUUGGGUCGAGGGCCUGUUCUUCAGGAGCUGAGAGCGGCAACGGGUCGGUGGCUUUCGCUCAUCUCUUUGGUGAUCACACUGUUGUCCCCGAUGUUCUUCAUUUCCAACUACUAUCAGACAACACUUCUGCAAUAUGGUGUCUAUUCGGUGCUGCUGUCUCAGGCGACCAUCAUGGCUGACCGAAUGGGCAAGCGCCGAGCACUGCCGCCGCUGCUUGUCUGGCACUCGAUCAACCUGCUAAAUCUCAUUGGCGGGGGCAAUAGUUUGCUUCUCUUCUACGGUCUUGGACCUGGGGGGUUGAUCAGAAUUUUCAUCAUCUCUCCAUACGGCGAUUGCCCAGACGGUGAUGAAGCUGUGAGCUAUUGCUCGGACAACUGGAUCGCCGCGCAGUUGCUUGCUGGCUUCCUGUACCUCGUCCUUCACAUUCUUGCCUUCUUUAUCGUGGGCAUGCGUGUCGCUCACUCAUACGGUGGGGAGGAUGACAAGCCCGUUGAAGGUGUUAUCAGCACCAUAGAUACGUAG